UAUAAGCCAAUCAUGAAGCAUCUUGAUCAUCAGAUUCAUUGGUACACAGGGAUCAUAAACCCUGUUUUUAUCGAAAACCACCCUAUUUCUAAGCUUCCAAAUUGUCCAGAAGACAGCUGCAAUCCCUACAGUCACGAGGGAUUUCUCAUCUUUGUUAAAUUGUUUCAACCAUACCCCAAAUAGAUCAUGCAAAUUAUCAGAAACUUGUUUCAAGUCAAAAGCAAACUGUGUAACAUUCCACAUCAUUUUUGCCAUAGAACACUUAAAAAACAGAUGGUCCACACUCUCAUCUUGCAUGCAAAAGGGGAAAGUUUUCUCUCCAACCCACCCUCUACGAAUCAAAUUAUCUCUAGUCAAAAUACUGUUUCUAAAUACUAGCCACAUAAAGAUUUUCAAUCUAGGUGGCAUUUUAGUCUUCCAUAAGAAGUUAUGUGGAUAUUUGACCCUAUUCUCAAUCAGAAAUCUGUAAUAAUAACAGUGUAUAUCCCUUUUUUGUCCAGGGUCCAAACAAUCUUAUCUCUAUCAUUAUUUAGCACCACACUCCGACAACUGUCUUUAAUGUGGUCCCAAAGUUCCAAAGAAUCCCCAUAUAGGGUUCUUCGGAAGGCAACAUUAUCCAAAACUUUAUCAAAUAUAUAUUUAACGAUUUUUUUUAUCAAAGCAUAUGCUAUAAAGCCUAGGAAAGACAUCCUUCAGGGCUCUAUUAUUAAUCCACCUAUCUUCCCAAAAUCUUACACUUUCCCCAUUCCCAAUCUCAAACCUACACAAAGCCAGGAAGUGAUCUUUAUGUUUAAUAAGCUCCAUCCAGUAAAUAGUUUAGCUUGUCCUCUUAGAGGAACAAAGCCAAAAACUAAAGAGCCCACAUGCAUGCGCAGAGUACAGUUCCUGAUGUCCAGUACAGUUGUCCCGAUAUAUGUAUUGCCCAAAAUACAGAUAUUUUAUAGGUUUUGUAUAUUGCCUGACAAUUGGCUGCGGCCAGGGGUUGAAAGUGGCAGUGGAUAAUUCAAAAUAUCCGAUAUUUGUAUUCGAGAAAAUUCCUAUUCAUAUCCGAAACAUCCGCAUCCGAACUAGAAUGGAAAUGGAAAUGGAAGGUGUCCGGAUUUAUUUUGCAAAUUCAAAUACAAAUAUGGUAUGGAAUUUUGACACAAAUAUGCAUAUGGAAAUGGAUAUAUCCGUAUCUGAAUAAAAUUACGUGAACUAAUUUGAGAAAUACUUGUCCCAAUAUGCCAAUUAUCCAACAUACAAGCCUAAGAAGUGCUCAAACUUUACUUUUUGUAUGACUAAACUUAGAAAUUAUUACGCAUCACAGUAGUAUUCUAUUUAUUCAUAAACCUGUCUAUCAUUGACUUACUGUAUGUUGCAAGUUGAUUAUUUGUUGUCACAUAACUAUUGACUUAUUUUAUUUAACUAAUAUGCCGUUACUAUUCGUAUUCGUUCCGAAUCGAGUAACCAACCGAUGUGUAUCCGUAUUCGAGUAGCAUCCUCACCACAUUCGUAUCCAAUAACAUCCGUAUUCGCAUUUGUAUUUGUUUUGAAAAUAUGAAAACGGAAGUUGGAAGAGCAGUAUCCCAUCCGCAUCCGAUCCGUUUCCACCCCUAGCUGCAGCACAAAUCCUAUGUCGCUGAAGAGGAGGAUGUUCCUCUCCUUCAGAUGCUACAUGCAUGCAACCUGAACUAGAUGACUGCUUAGGUCUUAGGGCUCAUCAAUUGCCAACAAACGCCUCCCGUUAUGUUGGCAGCCUUGCCUUCGCCCCGUUGGGUCUAUAUCGAACAUUUUUCAUUCUUUGUUUCUGGUACUAUUUGUUGCAAACGAUUUAAUGGCUUCAGUUAGUUAAAGUCGGGCAAGCGCCUCCUUUCUAAAAUUGCCAACAAACACUUCCCCAACUCUCCACUCACAACAUUCCUGGCCAGUACUUGGGCAUAUUGUUUGAUAUCCUAUAUUAGUAGAUACACCAAAGUCAACCCAUUGCCAACCCGACAUCAACUACUUAAAACCUUGGAGAUAAACUGCUCGAAGUCCAAUCAAGAAACAAGAGUUAUACCAGCAUAAAACAUGAAUUUUCCGUUGGAGCAUAUCUUCUAGGUUAAUUGCAGUACAUUCUUUUGAAGCAGUUGUCAUUUUUACUAUUUCAAAGGACCCAAAAAGUUGCUGCAAGCCUUAGAAUAGGUAAAUUUACCCCUGUCAGGGUCUUGUCAAACCAUCAAUACUAACUCAAACAAAAUAUAUAUGGAAACAAUACGUCCCCAGUUGUACAUGUUUGGCACUCAAAGUCUAGAGCUGUAUUCGGGUAAUUUCAGAAUUCUUAUUGUAUUUUAAAUACAUGCAUAUGUCAUCCUUGCAUUGUGGAUUGUAUGUUGCCUUUUUGUUUAAUUAUACCAUCUUGUAUUUAUUUCAGGAUGUUCAGCCGCAACAAUAACCUGGAUUAUCGAUUGUUCUUCCGUUCCAGAGGUUCUUUCAAGUCUCUUAGCUGGAAUGCUAUGAUCUUGGUGUUAUGUUUUUCCAAUGUCCUAGUGUGCAUUCUAAUCUGGAAUAAGUAUGCAACAAUACAAAUACCAGCUUUGCCCUUGGCAGUGCUUGCGAUUAGCCCAUCUCUGUUUCCAGGAGCUGCACGACUACUCAUAUGCAAUCUGCUAUGCCGUGCGAUGUCAUUAUGGAGCCCAGUUGUUGCAGUCCUAUUGCUUGGUCCCUCUGUACCAUAUAGCUUCGAUGAGGAUUUCAACAUUCACAAACUCAGUUUCAAAAACUCAAUCGCCAAGCUGACAAUGUACCUGAUACUAUUUGUGGUCGUGCUCCUAGCGACAAUCAGCAGGCUGCAAUUCCCAGGUAUCAUGAAACUAGUAGACUUGACUCUCGGCAGCAGAAUAAUAUAUUGGCGUCGAGUUAUUCUAAACUUGUGCAUGCUAGCUGCAGUAGCGAUGUUUGUGUUCACUUUUGAAGGGGUCGGAUGGAUUGUGAUUCUCAUAUUAAAAUUAUGUGGCCUAGUAGUAAUAGUGUCAUUCGGAAACCUCCAGAUUCCAGCAGCAGUAUUGCGCAUCGUGCUGGCAUUAGUACGCCUUAAAGCACAAAGCUACUACGGCCAUGAUGAACAUGUUGACAAGAAAAUCCUUGGGGACAAGACAAACCUCGUGCCAUCUCUCAAUAUCUUCUACGGGAUGGUGCUUGGCCAGGGAAUACUUUACAUUGUUGCCUGCAUCCUUGAUGUCUUUUCAUGCAUCCUCCUGAGAUGCCUCGCCCGUGGUGCUAGAUUCAGAGGUCCCCGGGCAGUGGAAUAUGUCAAUUUGUACUAUGCCUAUGCCUUUGAGAAAUGCAUGGAGGGCGCUGUGUUUGCCCGAAAGAAGAUCAGCCUCAUCGCAUUUGCAAUGGAUUCUUUAAAGUCAGACUCACCCAAGAUGCAGCUCUAUGGACUUCACAUGUUGCACAUUUUCCUAAAAAAUGAACCUCUCAAGACCAAAGCCAUCUCAAAACUAGCGACUUCCACGAAGACAGUAACUGUCUUAUUCAACAUGUUGGGCUGGACAAGUGAAGGGGAUGCAAAUAUUAGAUCAUUUGCCGCGAAGGUCAUAGCUGAGCUUGCUGGUAGCCUCCGAGCUGUCUCUGUCCCUGGGGCAAUGCAGCUCAUAGCCUCACUUCUUGAUACUGUUCACCAGCAGAAAAUAAAGGAUCCUCUCCUAGACAUUGGUAGCCUAGAGGCAGAACAAGAUACCCUGAUUCAGCAAGUUGCCAUGGACGAACAGAGGACACCCAUGCUUAAAUGGUUGAAACAGAUGGCAGUAUAUUGUUUGGUUCCAAGGGAGGAGCCAUCUAACAUGGAUGGACAAAACUCAUGUACACUCAGAUGCUGGAAGCAGAUUACCAAAUGCUGGCAUAUUCCAGAGGAGGAACCAUCAACGGACCAGGAUCUGCUCCCUGUACUGGGCAUGUUAAUUCUUGACACUCUUGCUAGCUUUGAUAUUGAGAACUGUAUAGAAAUCAACAGAUCAACAGGCCUCAUUUCAAAGAUCAUAGAUUUCACAAGCAACAGAACUGACAUGACCAAUAUUAGUGAGAUAGACCAGGCAUUGCUGAAAGGUUCAUCGUUGAAACUGCUGAGAAGACUUGCAAGUACUCAAGGGAAGUUUGGGGUAACUUUGCGACAGGAGAUUUCAGAACAUCCCUUCCUUUUGAGCAACCUUGCAGCGAUCUUGGAAGACAGUGGGAGCAGCCAAGAACUUAGGGAGCUAACAACAGAAAUCCUUAGAAACAUUUCCAUGGAUGCAAACACAAGGGACGAGAUCGGGAAGAUUCGGGUGAUCAUUAGCAGGUUGAUGCAUGCAUUUCUUAACCGAGAAGCAGCCUCAAGUACAUAUUCAGAUAAGUUACGAAAGUCCGCCGGGCAAGCCCUGGCAGUGCUAGCAAUGGACAGUGUGAAUAACUGUUUGGUUAUGUUAGCCGAACCAGGGUAUGUAUUCAUCAAGGAGCUCGCAUUUAUGAUCCAUGGGGACAUGUACAGGUACGUAGCAGCAAGCUUGUUGCGGAGUAUGUGCAUGCAUGCUCAACCUAAGUUCAACAACUCUGAACUGAAGGAGUUCUCUCACAUCUUGCGAGAGGUCUUGGAAGGAAUAAUGGAUGCAGAAGGGGCGGAACUAGAGGUCCUUGCUGGCCUUAGUUCACAAAUAUGCCAUGCCAUUCCUGGAGACUUUGAGCGUGAACUUGAGCAUGGUCAGAUUAAAGAAAGAUUUAUAAACAGACUUGUCUGUGCACUUAACUCAAAUAUGACACCUACUGCUCAUUGUCCGGGAAUCAGGAGGGUGAUAGUUGAACAUGCCAUACACAUAAUGGAGUGCAAUCCUAGCUACACUGACUGUUUUAAUAAAUGCUGGAUGAUGGAAGCACUGCUGCGGGUAGAACAUACACCUUCAAGGGCUGAAAAGUACAGGUUCUUCUUGGGCGAUGCAGGACUGAUGGAGCACAGUGUGCCUCUCUCUGCUCUUGUGGCAAGAGCAAAAGAACUGAUGGGCCGUGAGUGGCGACAAGGCAUCAGCAGUGUCACUGUCACCUAAACAUGCAUGUAUUUGGAUGAUGUUGCACUACUGUCAAUUUGCUCAACAUAGUGGUGGGGUAUUGAUUGCAAUCCAGGGAUAUCCCAUGAAUUUUAGUUGAUAUAAAACGAUUGGGUUGUGUUGGCAAGUCUACAUUGUGUGCCAUAAUAAAAGCAAUGUAAAUAAUGGUUGUAUUUGCGUUGCCAGACCAAGGAGAAA